AUGAAGAAAGAUAAUACUACCGCAAAAUGUAAAUACUUUCCAAAAGAGUUGAGAACAUGUAGUAAUACUACAAAUUUGAAACAACACAUGGAAAGAAAACAUUCUGACAUCUUAAAAGCUGACGAGAAUUUACAUCAAGUUGAUAUUCAAGAUGCUGCCAAGUUGGGACAUAAUAAUUCAUUGGUUCAAUCUUCAACAACAGAAAGUGAUGAGGCUUCAUCUUCGACACCAAAACGAGCUAGAUCAGAUAUCGGAGCGGCUUUUUCAAAAAUAUCAGCAUAUGCUAAAGAUGGUGAUAAAAACAAACAAAUAACUCAGAGCAUUGCGGAAAUGAUAUGCCGGGACAGUCUUCCUUACAGUAUGGUAGAAGGAACAGGUUUUAAAGAUUUAAUGAAGACUUAUACAAGGUUCUAUGCCGUAAAACUAUCACAAAUCUCAUUGACACUAAAUAUAAAGAAAAAAAAAAUCAUAAUCAAAGAAAAAUUACGGUCUGUUAAAAACGUGUGUCUCACAUUAGACGAAUGGAAGGAUAUGCAAUUAAGGUGUUUCUUAGGUGUGUCUGUACAUUUUAUAGAGAACUAUAAAAUGAAAACAAUAAAUAUUGCGUGUAAGCCACUGCAUGAUAAUCAUACAGGGGAAUACUUGUCGGAGGUAAUUCUUAAAGUUUGUGAAAAUUGGGAAUUAUCUCAUGAAAAAAUUGUGAGUGUUACUACAGAUAAUGGUCGUAACAUAGUUAAAGCUAUUGAAAUUACUUUUGGACGAGCAAAACAUGUUCGAUGCUUAGCACAUACAUUAAAUCUAGUAGUCGAAAAUGCUGUGAAUUCUUCGGAGGUUAAACUUUUUUUGGAUAAAGUCCGAAAGAUCGUAACUUGGUUCCACCAAAGUGGUGUAGGUGCUGAAGAGUUGCGACAGAUACAAAUGCAGCAAGGUGUUCCCGAAGGAAAAUUAAAGCAUUUAAUCGGAGACGUAUCUACAAGUUGGAAUUCACAAUUAUUUAUGAUUGAACGUUUUGUGUCAAUGAGCAGUACAAUUGGAUCUAUUUUGAUAAAUCAUCCGAAUGCACCCCAAAUGCUUCAAGCAAAUGAAAUUGUUGUCUUGAAAGAAAUUGGAAAAGUUUUAAAGCCUUUUCACAAUGUUACUGAAGAAAGAGCGCUGAGAAAUAUAGCAUUGUUAGACGCAAUACCGACAACCAGUGAUUUAGCAAACCAAUUAAAAUAUUCACUACAGACUGAAUUAAAUAAAAGAUUUGAAAACAUCCAAAAAGUUCACCUUUUCUCGGUCGCAACGUUUUUGGAUCCUCGAUUUAAAAAAAUUCAUUUAGAUGAGGCAUUGUCUUUGUCAAAAACAAUUAAUUAUACCAACCGAUGUUUGAGUAUAAAUACUAGAACCGAUGAUACUCUAGCAGUGACCCAUUCUGAAUCUUCUGUUUCAUCAGAAGUGGUCGACGACGGACAAGAUAUAUGGCAGGUACACCAUGAAAAAAUAAUGGCUGCUAAUACGUCCAUGAGCAAAAAGACAGAAUUAGAUUUAUAUAUUGCGGCACCAUUACCAAAUCUUAAAGUUGACCCUCUCGAUGUGUGGAGAAGCUCUGAGGAAACUUUUCCAAAGUUAACUGAAUUAGCUCUGAAACACCUCUCAGUUAUGGCCACUUCUGCACCAGCUGAAAGGUUAUUUUCGAAAGCAGGAAAUAUUGUCAGGAAAACUCGAAACCGUAUUUUAGGAAAGCGAUUACCAAAAUUAUUAUUUUUAAACUCUUUGACUGAAGAUUUAUGGCAAUAA